UCACUUCCGGCCUGUACCGGAAGUGGCGGCCGGGCGGCCGGGUUUGAAUCGCGCGGCGCCGCGCGGCCUCCGCGCUCCCGGUCUCGCCAUGCCGAUCCGCGCGCACUGCACCAUUUGCUCUGACUUCUUCGACAACGCGCGCGACGUGGCCGCUGUGCCGUGCGGGCACACCUUCCAUCGGGCCUGCCUGUUCCAGUGGUUCGACACGGCGCCCAGCCGCACCUGCCCACAGUGCAGGAUCCAGGUCAGCAAAAGACACAUAAUCAGUAAGCUGUUUUUUGAUGUUGCCCUGGAGGAGCAGACAGCACUGGAUGCAGAGACCUUACAGAAUGAGCUGGACAAGGUGAAGGCUCAGCUCUCCAUGAAAGAGAAAGAGAAGCGGGAAUGCCAGGCCAUCGUGGACGGGCUGCGGGAUACUCUGGAUGUGCGCAAUGCCACGAUAGAGUCGCUCCAGAAGGUGCUGGGAGAGACAGAGAUGCUGUGUUCCUCUCUCAAGAAACAGAUGAAAUUCCUGGAGCAGCAGCAGGAGGAUAACAGAAGUUCAAAGGAAGAGGCCCACCGCCUGCGAAACAAGCUGAGAACCAUGGAGCGGAUUGAAUUGUUGCUUCAGAGCCAGCGCCCCGAAGUGGAAGAGAUGAUCAGAGACAUGGGAGUUGGGCAGGCAGCAGUGGAGCAGCUUGCGGUCUACUGCGUCUCACUGAAGAAGGAAUAUGAGAACUUGAAGGAGGCUCGGAAGAUCUCUAAUGAGAUGACAGAGAAGCAGAAGAAGGAGCUAUUCUCUGUCAACAGUAAGCUGCAGAAAACAGUUUCAGAGUUGGAGAAGACAAAGGAGGAGUUAAAGAGCACCCAGAAGGAUCUGAAGAACGCAGACAAGGAGAUCUUGAGUCUGAAGAAGAAGAUAGACAUCCUGCAGGACACUCUGAAAGUGCCAUCCGUAACCAGAGAGACACUCAGCCGGCUAGUCUUUGAAAGCCCAACUCCUGUGGAACUGCAGCACCCAAGGCUCCACCGUCCAGCCCACAGUGAUGAGAUCAAUCUAGAUGAAGCUUUCAAUGUGGACACCCCUGAAAACCAGCCCUGCAGAUCUCCAUUCAGUGCUGCAAAAAAGCAGAAACUGGAUAAAAAGCAGCCUCCUGUGGUAAAUCUGGCAAAGAAAGCUCUAAAGGAAACAGUGGAGAACUGGGGAGACGAUUUGGAGGAUGAGACCCUUAAAGGAUUCCUGCCAGCAUUCAUCAGGAACUCAGUUUUCUCCAAAAAGCCCAUGUCGGGUAGCUUGCUGGGUCCCCACAAGAACGUGGGCAAGGUGAGGAUGGGGUACGACGGCUUGGGAGGCAGAACCAAGUUCAUACAGCCUACCAGCCCUGCAGAGCUCCGUCCCUUACCAGUGAAGAGCAAGAGGAACGUCUCCAGGCCAGCACCAGCUGCUGCCCCUCAACCUGCCUGCAGCAGGCUGGAUGCUUUCCUGCACUGAAGUCCCACGCUCCCCAGAGCAGCAGGGCUGAGUGUGCUUGCACAGAGCCUGGUCCUGCAGCAAGCCAGCAGGAGCCCAGCCCCCUGCCUAGCGCACGGACAGGUUCAUGCCUCAUUUCAGCCCUCCUCUCUAAUUUCCACACAGAAAUUUAAAUGGGGAUCUCUCAUCUGCCAGCCUCCUUGGAGCUCUGCAGUUGCUGCUGCUGUUGGCCUCUGCAGGUGGAGCUGCACCUCUGGGAUGCAGCCACGAGCUGCAGGAAGAGCUCUGUUGUCCAUCUGCAGCCGGGGGGCGGCUGCGAGCACAAGUGGGGAGAAGGGACCUGGAGCAGUGCUGUAAAUAAUGCAAAAUCUCCUCACUGUGCUCAGGGCAGGAAUGCCCCCAGCAGCGAUGCUGCAGCACAGCUGUGCCUGCUGCUGGGCCGGUCCCUGUCCCUCUGCCAGGGCUGCGGGGCCCGUGCCAAGCUGGGGUGUCCCGCUGUGCCUUGGACUGGGAUGUGGAGAAAGGGGGGGGUGGUGAGCCCCCACCCUGCAGGGGAACAGGCAGCGCCCUGUGCUGCUGACCUCUCUCUUCCUGGCCUGUGUCCUAUAAUUUUGUUUGUAUGAACUUCUAUUUUUUUUAACAUGACUGUAGGCAUUUUUGUCGUUCUUUCAAAGCCAGCCUAGCGCUCUGAGGCUGCGUCCAGCCCCAACCCCCAGCGCUGCUGCUGUGUGGUCCCUGCUGGGGCUGGAGCUCCACCUCCUCUUCCCCUAUGGCUGUGGCCCUGGGGCCAUCACUGCAGCCGCACGGGGUGGGGGGGGUUCCCGUCCCUGCCUGCCGGGGGCCUGGGCUGGCUGUGACCCUGGGUUGAGGGAAUAAACAAAGUGCUGUGCAUUGGUACUGAGCUGCCUCCUGUGCCUUCCUCGCUGGGGCGGCCUGCAGGGCUGCAGUGCCUGAGCCCUCCCCAGCUCUGCUGCUGCCAGCUGCACUGUGAAGGGCAGAGGUUUCUGACUACCUACCUGUACCGGGGGGCCGGGAUGGG